UACAAUCCCGCUGGCGAAGGUUCGCUUAGUGACUUAACGAACCGUGAACAGUACCAGUGCAAGACUCGUUCUGCCCCUCUCCCUCUCCCUCUCUCCUCGACUCAACCAGGAUUCAAGAUGCAGUUCGACGGAUUAUCGAUCGUGGAUAAGCCGGCUCGAGCUCCAGAACCUCGAGGGGAGCGGCGGUUCCACUCCCUGAAGGGGCUAAUGCUGGAGAGCGUGCGCCGCCAAACCUUCGUGGACUGGCCCGUGGACUUCCUGGACCGGGACAAUCUGGCUCAGGCUGGAUUCUUCUACCUGCGGACCAUGGACCACGUGCAGUGCGCCUUCUGUCGUGGGAUCGUGGGUUACUGGGACGAGGGGGACCAGCCUGAGACAGAGCACAAGAAACAUUUUCCAAACUGCCCCUUCGUCAUGGGAGCCGCCACGGGCAACGUCCCUGCUGCAGCCAACCCUGACACUGACGAGGGACGGCUGUACAAGAUGCUCAACGAAUUCUACGCCUUCAAGAUGGCCAACACGCGCCCCUCGUUGCCCUCCACCUACCACACCGACUCGAUGCGGGUGCUGGACGGCGGCAAGGUAGCCUACCCCCAACUCAACACGUCAGUCAGCCGCCUGCGCACUUUCUCCCGCUGGCCGAAGGAGACGCGGGUGGAUGCGGAGAAGCUGUCAGACGCGGGCUUCUUUUACACCGGGAUCUCAGACUUCGUGCAAUGUUUUCACUGCGGCGGCGGUCUGUUUGCCUGGCGCAAAGAGGAUGACCCCUUCGCUGACCACGCACGCCACUACCCGUCCUGUAACUUUAUCCGCAUGACUCACAACGUCCCCAACGGCGUAGAAGUGAGCGGUGAAGUAAACACACUCGAGCGACAAUCGACCCUCAGCAAGCAGGAGGCGGAGAUGCUGCUGCACCACCCCCUGGCCAAGCGUCUGGUGGCUCUCGGCCUGUCCUCAGUGUCCGUCAGGGAGGCUCUCAAGCUCAGUGUGGAAGCGUCCGGCUUCCUCUGCCCCACGGUGACUGAGGCGCUGGAGUUGGUGUUUGAUUACGACGAGAAGGAGAGACAGAAAUCCCCGAAGAACCAGUGCCACGACGGACUGCCGGUGCCUCAGUCUGAACCACAGGAGCCGAACCAUGAGGCAACAGGGGGUACAUCAGAGGCAUCAAUGGAGGUGGAGGAAACGAAAGAGACUUUUUUCCCUCCCACGCCGCCUCCGGAACACAGCGGUCAAUCCACACUCUCAGACUACUCCAAGCUGCUGCAGGAAGUUCAAGCGUUACGUCAAGCUGUGCAGGUCGAGGAACGCCGCCUUCAGUGCAGGCUGUGCGGGAAGGAGCAAGUCGCCGUGGUGUUCCAGCCGUGCUCACACUUGCAUCUAUGUGCCGACUGUGCCCGCCCGAGGGACUCCUGCGUCACCUGUGGCAGCGUGGUCCGCGGCACACUCAGGCCCAUCAUUGGCUGAGCCGUGCCACCCUGGGCCGCCUGGAACGUGGCCGCACCGCAGAAGGGUCCUACUCCCGCUACAGGCCAGUGUGCCACCCCCUCCCUGACCCAAGCCUUUGCCCUCAGAGACCACAACUGCCGCCCACGCCACUGCAUACCCUCCUGCCGCCGCCCACUAUCACACAGCCACACUCCCUCACACAAGAACCGCCCAAAACCUCACCAUCACGCUCCUAUCCUCCAGCGAUCCACUUAUCCUCCACCUAUCCCAUGUACUCCCACUCCGCUGAUCCUAUCCAUACUUACCAUUACUCGUUAGCAAUAGUUAUUCCUGAAGCAGUGAGCAGAAAACGUUCUCAUAUAAUCAACUAUAAGAAAAGGAGAAAAUCCGGGGAACGUCUGUUGUCAUUAUCUGUUUACAUAAUUAACUACAAGAAGAGAAGAAAACCCGAGAAAUUCAGUCAUUUAGAGUUUCAUGAUCCGCAAUUUUCCCACGCUCACAUCUGUCUCAAGGUCAGUGUGCGUGACGUGCUACUCAAGUGUUCCCGCAGGUGGUACGUACGUGUAUCAUGGGAGAAAAUAUCAACUAUUAUAUGAGAAAUACGCCACGAUUAUGUAAAAGAAAGAAAAAUGAUACCAAAUGGUUUCAUUCACUGUCGUUUCCCAUUUAUCACAGCUUAUAACGACUCUUUGUAUGAUGACAAAAGGAAUAAAUGCAGUCAAUUAUUUACUAAACUACUACGCAUUAAUCUAAUUUAUUUAUACUAAUAUUACCAGACCACAGACUACAGAAAGAAUCUACCGAUCAAGAGGAAAAAGGUAAGAAGGAAUCAAGAAAUCAUGAUGAAAAUAAUACGUACAAUACUCUGCGCAAUGAAAAUAAAUGACUAAAAAAUAA